AUGGCUGAAGCCAAAACCGUACAUUUUGCAAGUGGAAAUGAUUACGCAAAGGAGUUCCACAAGAUCUGGGCAUACAGUUGUUUGAAAAGGUUUGUUCAUAAACAGUUUGCACGAACAUCGGCCAUUCCACCUCAGUCUGACGGCCUGUCAAUCAACGAUCUUCCCAAACCACGUGGAGGCUUACAACUGCAUUAUUAUGACGUGGGGAAACGCCGUGACGAGCUAAUGCAAGAGAGUCGUACAAUGUACAGCACACCRCCCGAUAUCCAUCACGCAGGRACCAAGAARACMACAACUAAACGACCAUCAAUAUACAAUGAACAUGCAAAGAAUGGCUUCAAGUUUUGGUUGGACAAGGAUCCGCAUGUUAAGAAAAUAUCUCUUUAUUCCAAGUACACAUUUGGUUCUAAACACACGGUCCAUGGACUAGGAAACGCUCCAAGAAAUUAAAUCAUGAUGCUUUUAAAGAAAACAGAAAAAGAAAGUUAACAUUACAUUUUUGUAAAUGACUAAGCAAUUGUUUUAAAGUAUCAAUGUCUUAUAGACGAUAAUUACAGUAUUAAACAAAAGAGUGUAUUCCAAUGAACUUAUAAACACCAAGUAAA